UAGUAGAAAGAUGGCGGCCUUCCUUUAGGUAAUUGAAAUUUUGUGAAAAGGUUACUCUUGCCUGCUGACAGAAUGGUCCGAAUGAAAGUGAUAAAAUGUCCAUCGGACAAAUUGUCUUUAACAAAUUGUCUUGUGGUGAACGAGAAUGACUUCAGUCGCGACAGAGUCAAACAUGUUGAGGUUCGGACCAAUGCUCCACAAGGCUACAUCUUUACCAUAGAAGUAUCACAGGAUGUUCCACAAGGUUCUGUAGGAUUCAGUCUUGUCCAGAGAAAGUGGACCAAUGUAGCACUUAACAGUAUCAUAGAUGUUGUUCCAUACAGAUUUGGUGAAGGAUCAUACCUGUCAAAUAUUACUUUUGAAGCAGAUUUUCUUCAGAAGGCCAAGGGUAACCAAGAUGCCUAUGAUACGAACAAAAUGGCAGAGGAAUUUACACACCUCUUUUAUGACCGGGCUUUUUCUGUUGGUCAGCAGGCUGUAUUUUCUUUUCAAGACAAGAAAUACCUCAUUCUUGUUGUAAAAAGUAUGGAAGUUAUUGAUGUCAGUCUUCUUGGUGGGGCCAAGAAUAAUGCUUCUCAAGGAACAAAUGUUGAUAUGGGUCUCAUAACAAGUAAUACCCAUGUGCUUUUUGAAAGAGCAGAGGGUUCCAUGUUGAAUCUGACAGGGACAGCCAAAGGAAAAGCAGCAACACAGUCCAUUAUCAGUAGAGACUGGGACUUCACAAAGCUGGGAAUUGGAGGCCUUGACAAGGAAUUCUCUAACAUCAUAAGAAGAGCUUUUGCCACGAGGCUUUUCCCCCCAGAAGUCGUUGACAAAUUAGGACUUCGGCAUGUCAAGGGUAUUCUGCUACAUGGACCGCCAGGAACUGGAAAAACGCUGAUGGCUCGGCAAAUUGGCAAGAUGUUAAACACAAGGGAACCUAAGAUUAUCAGUGGACCAGAGGUUCUCAAUAAAUACGUUGGAGAAUCGGAAGCCAAUAUCAGAAAGCUAUUUGCAGAGGCUGAAGAGGAACAGAAAAAGUUUGGUGAUAACAGCGGACUUCAUCUUAUAAUCUUUGACGAGUUUGAUGCAGUUUGCAAGUCAAGGUACAUGUACAAUAGCGGAGGCACUGGAGUGCAGGACUCAGUUGUAAAUCAACUUCUUGCAAAGAUUGAUGGUGUGGAACAACUUAAUAACGUUCUUCUCAUUGGCAUGACAAACAGAAGAGAUCUCAUCGAUGAUGCCUUACUCAGACCUGGACGACUUGAGGUUCAAGUUGAGAUUGGCCUACCAGACGAACAAGGACGCGUACAAAUCCUGGAGAUUCACACAGCAAAGAUGCGAGAACACAAGUUACUGGCAGCAGAUGUCGACCUGGCUGAUUUGGCCGUCCAAACAAAGAACUUCACCGGGGCAGAGAUUGAGGGACUGGUGCGAGCGGCACAGUCCACUGCCAUGAACCGCUUCAUUCAGCUCAAGAAUAAUUUCGAGAUCGAUCCUGAAGCAGCUGAGAAGAUAGUUGUGAAGCAUGAAGACUUUUACCAUGCUCUGGAGAAUGAUAUCAAACCGGCAUUUGGACCCUCUGACGACAAUCUUGAUCUGUAUGUCGCCAAUGGAAUUGUCCGGUGGGGUACCCAAAUUCAGCGGAUAAUAGAUGAUGGAGACCUUUUGCUGCAACAAACACGAACUCAGGACAUCACUUCCCCAAUAACAGUCCUGUUAGAAGGUCCUGUUGGAUGUGGCAAGACGGCCCUCGCUGUGCACUUGGCUCUAAAGUCAGACUUCCCUUUCAUCAAGUUGUGCACACCAGAAAACAUGAUCGGAUUUGUGGAAAGCGCAAAAUGCCAAACCAUUAAAAAGAUAUUUGACGAUGCUGACAAAUCGGAGUUGAGCUGUAUCGUCGUGGAUGACAUAGAGCGUUUGUUAGACUAUGUUGCUAUUGGGCCAAGAUUUUCAAACACUGUUCUUCAAGCUCUACUUGUGUUGCUCAAGAAAAAGCUAAGAAAGGGUCGUAAAUUGAUUGUGAUCGGAACAACCAGCUGCCGAGAUGUAUUGGAAACCAUGGGCAUCGUGGAAGCGUUUAAUACUGUAAUCCAUGUGCCCUCAAUCUGGUCCGCAGACCAACUCAAACAAGUGCUACAGGAAUCAAAGUUGUUUGAGGAUGAUGAGAUUAAACAAAUUGAGAAGAACAUCGGCCAGAGAAGACUCUGUAUUGGAAUAAAGAAGUUACUCAUGAUGGCGGAAAUGGCAGUUCAGACUGUCAAGCGGGACCGAGUUGAUAAAUUUGUAUGUCUUCUGGAAGACGAAAACUGCCUAAGAGGCCCACAGACAUAAUGCAAGACCAUCAACAAAAAUGAAACGACUGCAGAUGCUUCUUGUUCCAAGCAAUUCGAGAGUUAAUUCUGUCCCACACUGAGGAUCGAACCCUGUGCAUGUGUAACAUUUGAUUCAGGACAGUCAGCUACAGCAGUUGAAUAGCUCUCGUAAAGCGUGCUCUUCGAUUAAGUGUCUUACAACCAAAACCAAAAUCUUGUACAGACAACGAAAUAUCAAAUCGGCGGGAAAACACGAAAAAUCAAGUAGUGAUUGGUUGGAAAGGUUGGCGAAAAUUUCCAAGGCCAAUCCCAGGGCGGAGUAAAGCUAAAACGAACCAAUCCCGAAUUGCUUUUGUUACUUAAUUGAAAAUUACUCUAUUAUAACUGUUAGAAAGAGAAACAAGUUAAAAUUCGAUUACUACACAGGAAGUGACCAGCCAUCGACGCAUAUACCAACAAAUUCAAAUACAUAUUACAUAUUUCUUGGAAAACACUUUGCGUUGUAUUUUGAAAUUUUGAAAUCUCUUACAUAAAAUUAAGGAGAAAGUAAGUGAAGCAUGCAACUACGUACGAUUUGUAAAAUGCACUUUUAUAGUUAAGUCUCUCUAUAAUCCGUAAUUUUCUGAUUUUAAUCAAAGCGAGGUAUAAUUUGAAUAGAUUUUUGUGUCUGUGAUAAAUUUUACGGUGUUUACCUUGUCCUUACACUGGAGGAAUGGAAUCUCAUCUCAUCACUUUUAAUAUAUACGAUCUUCAGAGUUGAUAGCUAGUAAGAUAUGCGAAAAUAAGAAAAUUUAAUAGGUUUAGUAGCCCUAGUGAUGGUGAAGUCAAAUGCGACUUAAUCUUGAUUCUAAGUUGUCGAUUAACUCUAAUUAGUUGUUAAAAUUUAUGCGAAUGCUACAAUAA